UCUCAACAUUUACAACCUUCGACGGUACCGGAAGACCAACUGUCACUUGAUUUUUUAUUUAUUUAUUUUUUUUGUCUUACAAACAGCCACAUUAUUGUUGUCGUCCCUCGGUUUAUGUUUACAGUCCUGGUGGAGGACUUUUACUGGGAAAACAGCAACAACUUUGUGGAAUCUUGUUGGAUUUCUGCAGCAGGGUUCAGUGACCAUGUAUUCCGCCAGAUAUGAAUACGACGAUCCGAAUGGCCGACAGGAACGGAUUGAUUUCUUAAGCAGCAAAGAGAAGGCACCAUCCAAGUCGAAGACCGGCAUCAUCAUCGGGGUUCUUGUGGGACUUCUCAUCAUUGCAGCCGUUGCAGCAUUUCUCAUCUGGUUCUUUCUCUUUAAAGAUGCUGAUCCAAACACCACCAUCAGCAAACAACACCUCCAGAAAGAGCGGGUGUUCAGUGGGCACAUGAUGCUGCGGGGCAUACCAUAUGACGAGAAGUUGGAGGACACCAGCAGUACGGAGUUUGGGAACUUGGCGGACAAGCUCCAGACCAUUCUGGGGGAACAGUACAAAAACGAUCCAAUCCUUGCAAAAUACUACAGUAAAUCUGUGGUUACUGCAUUCAGUGAGGGUAUAAUAGUCUACUACUGGUCACAGUUUGAUGUGCCACCUGAAGACCUCAACAUCUUGCCAGAGAUCUCAGAGGAACGAGUGUUGAAAACACUAGAAGGUGCCGUUAAUGAAAAACGCAGCAGUCAAAACCCCAAUGCAUUCAGCGUCACUGAAGUCACUUCCUCAAUCACAGAUCCUCGUAUGGCCAGAAACCCCAGAGCCAAGGAGUGUUUCUACCGUUUGGAAGCUGAUGAAACUGACAAAACAUUUACAUCUCCCGGAUACCCUCAACUCUACCCUCCUAAGUCCCGGUGUCAGUGGCAAAUCCGAGCCUCAGUAGAAAACGUCAUUUCUGUCCGUUUCCCUUUUUUCCACAUUGAGGAUGACUGCACAGAUGACUUUGUUUUCAUCUAUGACUCCUUGAGUCCAGAUGACUCUCAGGCCAUCACAAAAAAGUGUGGUCAGAGGCCUCCAACAAACCCUCUGGAAGUGGUGUCAUCUGGUAAUAUCAUGUUGAUCAACAUGAUUACUGACAGUGAGACGCAGAGGCCUGGUUUUCAGGCUGUUUAUAAAGUUCUGCGCAAGGCUACAGUUCAAAAGUGUGGAGGUGUCCUUUCUGACAAAACUGGAGUCCUCACUUCCCCACUGCACCCCAGCUUUUACCCCCCUUCCAUAGACUGCAGGUGGACCAUCAAGGUUCCUACUGGGAACAAAGUGCAGAUAAAAUUCACCAUGUUCCGCAUGAAAGAACCUGGAGUGGACAUCCAUUCUUGUCACAAAGACUAUGUGGAGGUUAUGGGUCACAAGUAUUGUGGAGAGGUGAUCCCUUUCGCUUUGACUAGCACCACCAACAUGUUGGACAUUUUGUUCCACUCUGAUGAAGCCUACUCUGACAAAGGCUUCAGAGCUGAAUACAGCGCCUAUGAUCCCUCAAACCCUUGCCCCGAUAAGUUUACCUGUGCCUCGGGCAUCUGCAUUGGAAAGGAGCUGCGGUGUGAUGGCUGGAAUGACUGCGGUGAUAUGAGCGAUGAGAGGGGCUGCAAGUGUGCGACCGACCAGUUUGCUUGUGAGAAUGGCAUGUGCAAACCAAGACUAUGGGUGUGUGAUCGUGUCAAUGACUGUGGAGAUGGUAGUGAUGAGGUUGCGUGCAGUUGUGACGAUGAUGAGUGGCGUUGUGGAGAUGGGAUAUGCGUGCCUAAGGAUGUUGUCUGUGAUGGCCAAAAGGACUGUGACGAUGGGAGCGACGAGGCCUCUUGUAAAACCUCUCCAGGUAUAUGCUCUGACUACAGCUUCACGUGUGAUAAUGGCGCAUGUGUCAACAAGGUGAAUGCCGAAUGUGACCGCAUCAAUGACUGCGAUGAUCAUUCCGAUGAGACUGGAUGUGAAUGUGGCACACGACCCUAUAAGCUGAACCGAAUCGUAGGAGGUCAGAAUGCAGAGCUGGGGGAGUGGCCCUGGCAGGUCAGCCUUCACUACAUGACCUAUGGACAUGCUUGCGGUGCCUCAAUCCUCUCAAAUAAGUGGCUCCUCUCAGCUGCUCACUGCUUUAAAACUGCCAAUCCUACCAACCUCAUUCCAUCCAGCUGGCAAAGCUAUAGUGGCAUGCAGGACCAAUACAACCACAAUGGUGUACAACGGCGCGCACUACAGAGGAUCAUCACCCACCCGGAUUACAGCCAAAUGACCUUUGACUAUGACAUUGCACUGCUGGAACUCAGUCAGCCGCUGGAGUUCACCAACACCAUCCAACCCAUCUGCUUACCCUCUUCCUCCCACGUCUUCCCUGCAGGCAUAGCCUGCUGGGUCACAGGCUGGGGCUCACUCAGAGAAGGAGGUCAGGCAGCACAGGUGCUACAAAAGGCAUCAGUGAAAAUCAUCAACGACACAGUGUGCAACAUAGUCACAGAGGGCCAGGUGACCUCCAGGAUGAUGUGCAGUGGAUUCUUGGCUGGAGGAGUUGAUGCAUGUCAGGGAGACUCUGGAGGCCCCCUGGCGUGUUUUGAGGAGAGUGGGAAGUGGUUCCAGGCUGGCAUUGUGAGCUGGGGCGAGGGUUGUGCUCGUCGAAACAAGCCAGGUGUCUACUCACGUGUCACCAAACUGAGAGGUUGGAUCAAGAAGGAGACAGGAAUUUGAUGAUAUGGUGAGAACCAGGGAAGGGGAUCCAGACAGGAGAGACGUCAUAGUGCUAAAAAUAAUGGAGAUGGAACAUUUGAGUCUAAUUAAGGACAAGUCUCUCCAAGAUUUAUUUUUUUAGCAGCAGACUUGCACUGAGGAUUUUGUUGCAUGGACCUGUUAUCUGGUUUCCUUCCCCAUUUUUUUCUACUCUAAGACUCAGACAAACCUACACUUAAACAUUCAGUGGAACCACACCGGAUCUUUUGUAGUUUCUAAAUGCAUAAAUCAUCAUUGUGGGUUUUUUUAACCCUGAAAACAUCACUUUAAAUUAGUGCAUUUAUACAAGUCCUAAGUUGGUCUAUUCAGAUGGAAGCAGGCCAUCAACUUGAAGUUUUUAAGCAAAUUUCUAAAUACAAUUCCACAAUCUGAAAAAGUAAUUAUGUUUUUUCAGCUUUCGUGCUUUGUAUUACUGAACAAGUUGGAUGUGUUAAACCUCUUAGGCUAUAGACAAUGUUGCACUUUACCAAUGGCCUUUCCCUGUUGAUAAAAUUGAAGGUUGUUCUUUUAAGGACAUCAAUACGUCUUUUAAAAUAGUUAAUACAUUUUUAAAAUAUAUUCCUGGUGGUCAUUCUCAAGAGCAUCGCAUAAGUUUUUAAGUCAGUAAAGUGUACUGUAAAUAUUGAGUGAAAAUAUUAAAGACCACCAGAUUUGUACAUGGGCAAGAGCAUCAGCAUGGUCCUUGAAGAAGGCUGAUUUGAGACUAGGUUGAUGCUUAAACUGCUGCAAACAGUGGUUCUACAUCAGUAUUUUAAUAUUAACAGAUGCUUACUGGCCUUGCCUGGUCUGCAAAGGAUUUUCCAAAAUUUAAAUGCAGAAUGGGGGUUUUGGAGGAUGAGGAUUAUAUCUAUCUGGCACUGCACAGGUCACUAGCUAAACUCAGGGUGGUCGGGGUCUACAGUCACACACCAAAGCGCUAAAGCAUGUCAUCGAAGUCGGAAGUGGCUGCUAGAGCAGUGCAAUGAGUUCUUAUCUUUGGGAGUUUCUUCUUUUCGGCCAUGGCUGAAUGAAUUAAGUUUUAAAUCUAAGACAUGACUCAUGGGGGCUUUUCCAUUAUUUGUAUUCAUCUAUAACGUAUCCUGGAAAAAUUAUAAGCUGGAUAAACAGACCAAAGAUUUGUGUAAGUAUUAUUUACUGAGGGGUAAAAAAUUUACAAGGAAAAUUUGAUGAAAUUGCUCAGUGGACCAUUUUUUAAUAAUUCCACAUAAGCUUUACAAUUAAACUAUGCAACUGUAAAUGUGUAUAUUCAUACAUGCAGGGCCUCAAUUUUAAUGAGAUAUUUUCAUGAAAAUUGUAUAUUGGAUUAUGGACGUACUUUAUAAUCUUUUUUUUUGUUUGUGUGCAUUGAUAUAAAGGAUGUUUUUAUAUGAAAGAGUUCAAUAAUAAAUAUCUUUUAUCGGAUUCCUCAGCACCUAA